AUGAUUAAAAGGAACGGCGAUAAUGGAUAUGCGAUCGCGUCGAACAACAAUCAGUGUCAAGGCGGACGGAGUAGUGUGUCGAUCUACUCGAGUCCAAACACGAGGAUACCGCGCUCGACCGCCGGCAGGAUGAUGCAGCCAGAUGCACAACAGCACACCAAGGAGGCGAAUAUCGCGCUCUCCACUUACGUGGAGAAGUGGAAGAACAGAUACGAGGACGCGGAACGGAAACACAAAGCCUACCUGCUGAAGUCAGAAAAAGCUCGAAGAGAACAUGAUGAUCUCCAACGCAGAUAUAAUAUCCUCUUUGAAGAAAGGAACCACCUGGAUGCUGAGCUUAACGACCGAGAGAAGGAGCUCAACAAGUUGCGAAAUGUCUCUGAAAAACUUUUCCAGGAGUACCAGCAGCUCAAGAACCAACACGAGAUUGAUGCUGGGGUUAUGCACAAGGUUAUGCAGCAGGCGGGCGAGUGGUACAAACAGAACAAGCAGCUCAAGAGGCGAAGUACUGCUUUGCUGCACGCGCUGCCUUCCACAGUCGACAUAGAUCUCACCGAUGCCACAGACACAUCGUCAGAAGCGAGCAGCAACGAGGAAGUGGAGUUCCUGAAACGCACAGUCAGCGAGUUGUCUGAACAAAUCGCUACACUGCAGACGGAAGCCAGCGCUGCGAAGCUGCACGAAUUCGAGGCGCACGAGCUGAACGUGCAACUUACGCAGGAAUUAGAGGUAGAGCGAGAAAAAAGCUCUCAGCAAACGAAGGAGUUAGAAGAGAUGAGGUCGAAGCUGGAACGGCACAACCGCGUCUCCAAGUUGCUGAUGGAUGAGGUCACGGCGCUGAAGGAGAACGCUGAUAAGGACAGGAAAAUGGCUGAGACUUACAAAUCGGAGGCUCGCGACGCGAAGAAACGAGCCGUGGUCCUGGCGCACCAGAGCGCCCUGCUCAUGGGCGAGAUGGACCUGGACGAGCGAUUAGGGCUUCUUCUCACCGAGGUGGAUAGUUUGAGAGACGCCCUGGAAAACCAGGUCGCCAGGCACAAUGAACACAUUGAGCAGCUGCAGUUGCAAUUAUCAGAGAAGCACGAAGAUACUGAUAUUCUUCUAUGGGAUGAGAAGAUAAGACUGGCAGAAGAAGAUGCGCAAAAGGCCCUCGAACGUGCGGAAAGAGCUGAGAAGAAGUUAGCCGAGUUGGAAAAGAGAAUGAAAAGUGAACCGCGUUCCACUCUCAAGAGUAGAAUUAGUUACUUCGAGAGCGGUGGAGUGGAGAAAAUUGAAAAAAAAGUGAUUAAAGAAGAAGAGGCUCCCAUGACACCGCAGGUCCUAGAGCCCUCUCUGCCAGCAACUACACCUCCCAUCACCGCUGCUACGCCUCCCCCUCAGCCAUUGCCUAGCCCUUCCCCCGCCAUUCAAACAGCGCCUCCACCUCCCCCUCCCCCUCCAGUAUUACCACCCCCACCGCCUCCUCCACCGCCGCCGCCACCCCCGGCGGUAUUCGAAAGCAGUGGUGAAACGGAUAUGGCAAAACUGUUGGCAAGCAAGUCGGGAACGCUCAAGAAAACAACGCAGAAUGGUGGUGGUGCUAUAGAUGCCAUAGUGGAUCAGAUUAAAGGCGGAAAGUUUCAGCUCAAAUCCACUGACCACACGGUCGAAAAGAAGCCGAAAGAUGAACAACCGGAAGCUGUGAAGGAGAUGCUGCAGAUAUUGGGCACGCUGCGCAAGCGCAGAGGCGGACAUCGCCCAAGCUUGAUUACUGAGAACACGUGA